AUGAAAACCCUCACGUUGCCGGCAUCCGUCCUCUUCUGCUUCCUUCUACUGAUCCAGGGGUUGGGAGCAGCGCCCCCCGGGCGCUCCGAUGCUUAUCCUCCUCCCCUCGGCUCUGAGCAUAAAGAGCAGGUAGCUGAGGACGCAGUGUCCCGGCCAAAGGAUGGCAGCGCCCCAGAGGUCCGAGCCGCUCGGAAUUCCGAGCCUCAGGACCAGGGAGAGCUCUUCCAGGGCGUGGAUCCCCGGGCGCUGGCCGCGGUACUGUUGCAGGCACUGGACCGUCCGGCCUCGCCCCCGGCAGUCCCAGGAGGUUCCCAGCAGGGAGCACCCGAAGAAGCAGCAGAAGCUCUGUUAACCGAGUCCGUGCGCAGUCAGACCCAUAGCCUCCCGGCACCAGAGAUCCAAGCGCCCGCUGCGGCCCCCCCUCGCCCUCAGACUCAGGACAACGAUCCCGAGGCAGACGACCGCUCAGAGGAGCUGGAGGCGCUAGCGUCCUUGCUCCAAGAACUUCGAGAUUUCAGUCCGAGCAAUGCUAAGCGCCAGCAAGAGACGGCCGCGGCAGAGACGGAAACCCGCACGCACACGCUGACCCGAGUCAAUCUGGAGAGCCCCGGGCCAGAGCGCGUAUGGCGCGCUUCCUGGGGAGAGUUCCAGGCGCGCGUCCCGGAGCGCGCUCCUCUGCCACCCCCCGUCCCUUCGCAAUUCCAGGUUCGAAUGCCCGAAAGCGCUCCCCUUCCCGAAACCCAUCAGUUCGGGGAAGGAGUGACCUCCCCUAAAACACAUCUAGGUGAGACUUUGACACCCUUAUCCAAGGCGUACCAAAGCCUAGGUGGCCCCUUCCCCAAGGUGCGCCGCCUCGAGGGCUCACUCCUGGGCGGCUCUGAGGCUGGAGAGCGCCUGCUUCAACAAGGGCUGGCUCAGGUAGAGGCAGGGAGGAGACAGGCGGAGGCCACCCGGCAGGCCGCGGCGCAAGAAGAGCGGCUGGCCGACCUCGCCUCCGACCUGCUGCUCCAGUAUUUGCUGCAGGGCGGAGCCCGGCAGCGCGAUCUCGGGGGUCGCGGGCUGCAGGAGACGCAGCAAGAGCGGGAGAGCGAGAGGGAGGAGGAGGCGGAGCAGGAGAGACGCGGUGGUGGGGAGGACGAGAUGGGGGAAGAGGAUGAGGAGGCGGCGGAGGCGGAGGCGGAGGCGGAGGAGGCGGAGAGGGCGCGGCAGAACGCGCUCCUGUUCGCCGAGGAGGAGGAGGACGGGGAAGCCGGAGCCGAGGACAAGCGCUCCCAGGAGGAGGCGCCAGGCCAUCGGCGGAAGGAUGUUGAGGGGGCAGAGGAGGGCGGGGAAGAGGACGACGACGACGAGGAGAUGGAUCCGCAGACCAUCGAUAGCCUCAUUGAACUGUCCACCAAACUCCACCUGCCAGCCGACGACGUGGUCAGCAUCAUCGAAGAGGUGGAGGAGAAACGGAAGCGGAAGAAGAACGCCCCUCCCGAGCCGGUGCCGCCCCCCCGGGCCGCCCCAGCCCCCACUCAUGUCCGCUCCCCGCAGCCCCCUCCUCCCGCCCCGGCCCGGGAUGAGUUGCCGGACUGGAACGAAGUGCUCCCACCCUGGGAUCGGGAGGAGGAUGAGGUGUUUCCCCCGGGGCCCUACCACCCCUUCCCCAACUACAUUCGGCCGCGGACACUGCAGCCACCCGCAUCCUCCCGCCGCCGUCACUUCCACCACGCGCUGCCACCUGCGCGCCACCAUCCCGACCUGGAGGCCCAGGCCAGGCGCGCACAGGAGGAGGCGGACGCGGAGGAGCGCCGUCUGCAGGAGCAGGAGGAGCUGGAGAAUUACAUUGAGCACGUGCUGCUGCGCCGCCCGUGA